UCUGAACACAUUACAUCACUGUAGCUGCAGCGAGGACCAACGUCCGCUUCAUCACAGCCACUCACUCGCAACAUAUAAUCAACGGAGAAAAAAACGUUCAUAGUUCACCAUGGGAAGGAUACGAGCUCCUAACAACCUACCAGAGCUGGUCAGGUCUACGUUCGCCCGCGCAAAGGCCAGCGGCGACGUCAAUUUUUACCCCACGCAAGCUGCUGUGCUGCACGUGAAUUCGAUACCGUUCCAACUACGCUUCUCGCCCUCGCUGGCAAACAAGCCAAAACCACCAAAGCCCACCAACCCAGACGGCGGCGGCGGCGGCAGCACAAAACCAUUCGACCCCUUUGCCGACCCGCCCGCCGCCCUCGUGGUGUCCAAGCUGGAACCUCCAGCGCACUACCUCGUGCUGAACAAGUUCGCCAUCGUCCCGGAGCACUUCAUCCUCGCCACGACGGCCUUUGCCGCGCAGACGGACCUGCUCGACGCCGCCGACCUGGCCGCCGCGCGCGCCUGCGUCGACGCCUACGGCGAGGCCGACGGCGGGCUUUUUGUGUUUUUCAACUGCGGCGAGCACAGCGGCGCCAGCCAGGCCCACCGCCACCUGCAGCUCCUCCCCGUCGCGAGGAUGAGGGAUGGCCUGCCGCCCGACGGCGGGUGGGAGGUGCUGGCGGCGCGGCUGGGCGCGGAUCCUGGUGCGCUGGACCAGGUGCCCUUCCCGUGCUUGGUGGAGAGGUUGCAUGCCGCGAGGUGUGGUGCCGAGGCGGAUCCGGAUGGCAGGGUGCUGAGGGAGGCGUACCUGGCGCUGUACCGCCGGGCGUGUGGCGCGAUGGGGGUGGAAGGGGUGGAGGGGCAGAUGGAGGGGGAGGCUAGGAUCAGCUAUAACCUCGCCAUGACCCGAGAUGUCAUGGUGCUGUGUCCGAGGAGGGCCGAGGGUGCGGCGUUGGUGGCGGGCAGCGGAGAUGAGGUGGGCAAGCUGGCGCUCAACGGGACGGUGCUGGCUGGGACGGCGUUGGUUAAGAGCGAGGCUGAGUGGGAUGCGCUCAGGGGUGAUCCGGAGCAGCUGGGGAGGGUCUUGGCGAGGAUAUGAAGGGGAUAUGGGAUCUUUGGUUAAGGUAUUUGGUGGUUUACUUUACAAUCUGUCCCCCUCUUGGUGGUCUUGCUUACUAAUAUGUUGGAUGGUCUGCUACAUUACGGGUUUCCUUCAUAUUCACGUGGUGGCCAUCUCCAUUGCCAGCUCUGUAGACUCAGCUUCAGCUGUUCUAUUGAAUUGCGAAGAACCUUUCACUUGUUGCCAUGGCUAUUAUUUCUGGCAGAUUAGGUGCGCAAGUCAAGAGAGAAAAAGAAAACAAUCCGUACACCGACUCCGGCAUGCAAAAACUUGGUGAGACCGAAAUAACUGAGGCAAAAACAAACCGAAAGGAUUCCAAACGCCUAACAAACUUCUUGACCCCUUAAAUCCAUUGAACAACCGUAAAACAAAACUC